UUAGUGAUGGCGGACGGAUGCAGCGGAAAGGCGCAUCUAAGUCCCCGAAAAAGUCGCGGAAAGUCGAGGAACGAACUGUGAAGCAAGACUAUACAUCUGUCCAUAAAAGAAAUUUAUAUUUUGUGUCUUUCCCUUUAAUAUUUUUAUUCAACGUCGUCCGGUCGUUAAUUUAUCAGCUGUUCGUAAUAUUUAAGUACUUAUAUGUCAAUACAUCCAAACUAGUGCACCGUCCAAAGACAAAUUCGAACUGCAAAGUAGAAAUAGUUGUCGCGACAAGUGAAACAGAAGCACAAGACAACCCACAAGACAUGUCGCAGCUUGCACAUAAACAUCCAACAGGACCGGGGCCUGGGCCAGGAGAUCCUCUGUUAGCCAAGCAGAAGCAUCAUCAUCGAAGAGCUUUCGAGUUCAUCUCCAAAGCUCUGAAAAUAGACGAGGAGAAUGAAGGUCAGAAGGAGGUAGCAAUCGAGCUGUACAAGAAGGGCAUAUCUGAGUUGGAGAAAGGGAUAGCAGUAGACUGUCUUGGAGGGAAGGGUGAAGUGUGGGAACGAGCACAGAGACUUCAUGAAAAAAUGAAGACCAACUUGGCUAUGGCCAAAGAUCGUCUUGAUUUCCUGGUUGGGCUGGUACAUCUGAAACAACUGGCAGUAACGCCAGCCACCACAGCUACCGAGAGGCCAGGUCGCAGUCCCCGAACACGGUUGGCCUCCCAUCCUCCUACCACAGCUUUGGCCACUCCUGCCCUAGAGCCUCUUCUCAAUGGAGGCCCUGGCAUUGCCACAAGAGUCAAGCCCCCCAUCGCCAGUCCCUCGCUGCCUCCCUCUUCUGGCAAGCCUGCCCCCUCUGAAGCUCUCGGGCGGAAGCUCACCAUACCUGCACGGAGGACAAUUGGGUCUUCAGCUAGUAAGAGUCAAACGUUACCCAGAAGUAUGGGGUCACGUUCACAGACAUCAUUAGGUUCAUCAAGACCUGGGAAGCCUCAAUCCACACCACCUGUUGUCAAAAGACAACUUUCAGGUCCAAGUAGCUCUCCAGUGCGACGAUACAGUGGAAGUGGUAGCGGCCCAUCAGGUGGAAAGAGCACUCCGUCACGUAAAACACCACCCCAAUCCCUGAAGGGUGUUGACCCUAAAUUAGCACAGAUAGUGCUUGAUGAAAUUUUAGAAGGUGGUACAUCCGUCCAGUGGGAAGAUAUUGCUGGUCAAGAGGUGGCAAAGCAGGCUUUGCAAGAAAUGGUCAUUCUUCCCUCGUUGAGGCCAGAAUUGUUCACUGGACUGCGCACUCCAGCUCGAGGUCUGUUGUUGUUUGGGCCUCCAGGCAAUGGGAAAACACUUCUAGCUCGAGCUGUUGCCAAUGAAUGCAGUGCAACAUUUUUCAGCAUCAGUGCUGCAAGCCUCACUUCUAAAUAUGUUGGAGAAGGAGAAAAGCUAGUGCGAGCCUUGUUUGCUGUAGCAAGAGAGCUUCAGCCCUCUAUUAUUUUUGUGGAUGAGGUGGACUCACUUCUGUCUGAACGCCGGGAGAAUGAACAUGAAGCUAGCCGGAGAUUAAAGACAGAGUUCUUAGUGGAAUUUGAUGGGCUGCCAUCCAAUCCUGAAGAAAGGGUUCUUGUUAUGGCAGCCACCAAUAGACCACAAGAGCUGGAUGAAGCAGCUUUAAGACGUUUUACGAAGCGCAUCUACGUGUGCCUGCCGGAUCAGGAGACACGUGUUGUAUUGCUGCGGAGGUUGCUUAGUAAGCACGGCAAUCCACUGCGUGACGAUGAGCUGCAACGAUUGGCUACUAUGACUGAUGGCUAUUCUGGAAGUGACCUUACUGGAUUAGCAAAGGACGCUGCCCUUGGUCCAAUAAGAGAACUUAACCCUGAGCAAGUCCGGUGUAUGGACCCUAACAGUGUACGGAACAUAAAUUUUCAAGACUUUGUUGACUCUCUGAAGAGGAUUCGACGCAGUGUUUCUCCUUUGAGUUUGUCAGCUUAUGAACGAUGGAAUGCUGAGUACGGUGAUGUUAGUCUGUAACAGAUAUAUGCAAUAAAUGUAACAUAGCUUGCUUUAAAUGUCACUUGGGAUUUUAAGAAAUCUUGAUUAUACUGCAAGAUGUACAGGUGCAUCACUGAAAGCAAGUACACAUUCACGUCAAAGAGUUCCAUAUGUUCAUUCGUAUAUUGUUGUUGCUGCUAUUAACUUAAACGUGAAUGGUAUGAAAAAUGAGAAUUGUUAAGAAUACACUGCUUUGUGUUAAAAACUAUUUGAAAUACUGAGAACUUGCCUGUUUUGUGAUUGCCUUUUUUUAAAAAAAGUGUAGAUUUAAGUUUACAGUGAAGACAUUCAUUUAUAAAUCCGUUGUACAUACCUAUUCAUUUGUAUAUUUCAUUGUUUGUGUUUUAUUGUUGCCCAAGGGGAAUAGCAUAUUUCUGAGUGGUGAAAUAGUUACAUGAUGAUCUGAUAGUUGAUUCUAUAAUAUACUCAGUUUUUCUGUACAGUAUCAGUACACACUUAAAACAUGUAAAACUUAAGAUUUCAUUUACAUCUCAGUUCUGAGUACUGUGAUCUUGAAUGUAAGUCUGAUAAUUUUUAUUUCUAUAAUGUUGCCAGUGCUGCAGUUUAAAACGCAAUCCUUCCCAAGUCACAUGAAAAUUUUGUCAUGUGACUGAAAAAUGCUUUGGACAUAACUGAAGGAUAAGAGAGGGUCUUAGAAAUUAACAGCAUAAUGUCUUAAAUAACUUCUUUGUUUUACAGAAGUCUAAUAAGUUAUAGCAAUAGCAGCUGAAAUGUGAGGCCUUGAUUAUACAAUGACAAAAUGUUAACUUUUAAUGUUGUUACAAAUAUAGACUGUGAUUUUUGAAUUCUAAAUUUAUGCACAAAUUAAUGUAAUUUGUGUUAGUUGCAGUUUACUUAGUGUACAAUUUUAGUUAGCUAGGUAAUAGAAAAUCAGAGUUUUAGUCAUUAAUAACUUACUAGGCAAAUAUAAUCUUUUUAUGUAGUUUUAUAUUUUUAUGUUGUGUUUUGCAGUGAUUACUACUAAAUUUAUCACUUGCUGUCCAAAUUGUUGUUUUGGUAACUGUAACAGCGUUACAUAAUACUGAGUACAAAUGUCCCCCAUUUCCACUGUGAGAAACUACUGUUGCGCUGUCCAUACAAAGCACCAAGUGUUCAAUAACAUAUUUCCAUAUAAUAAUAAUAUUUUGGUGUAAAUCACUUUGCCAGUCUUUCUUUCCCUUUCUUAAGUGAAGUGUAAAUUUAAAUAACAAGAAAAUGCCAUUUGUGGGUGGGUGGAUGUAUGAAAUAGGUGAAGAAAAAUGAAGAUUACUAAGUUUUUGUGUAACAUAUUGGUACUUUACAAUUUUGUUUCUACUGUUUCCGUUGCUUUUUUAUACAGUAAAACAAAUGGAACUAACGGACUGAGGAACUGUGUAGUUUUAGUGGUUAUACUUAUUGGAAAGAGUUCAGUUAAGGAAAUUAUUCAUUGUUCUGACACUGAUUAAACUAACCAGCCCUUUAUGCCCCCCCCCCCCUCCAACCCCCCAUCCCCUUACAGAAAUGUAUAUUGUGGAGAUGUUAACAGACAUAAAAAUAAUCACUAAAUAAUGUUUAUAGAUGUAAUUAUUCUGUCAGUUGAAGAUGAUUGAUUCUUUCUGUCACUGAUUUGUUAAAUUGUAACUUCUGUACAUAUGAGAACCUAAUCCUUUGUGUUUCUGUACUGAUGGAAGUAGUAGUUCACCACAUUUCAUGAUAUGUUAAGUGAAGGACUGACUAACUCAACCUCCUGCACACACCAUGGUAACAAAAAAAUUCAGUGGUUGUCAAAAUGAAAAGUUCAACUUCAUUAAAAUUUUGUAGUACUUGUUCGUUUGUUAAGAGUGAGUCUGCAACUAAACAUAUUAUGACAAAUGUUGAGAACUGUAUGUGUCACUGUUCUUUUGCAGUCAAGUUCACAUCUCAUACUGUUUCAUUCUUUUACUGUGGUGUAAUUGAACACAAUUCACUUGCUCAAUAUAUUAAAUGUAGAAUAGUGGUGCUUAAAUAACUGAAGUGAAAUAAUGUCAAAUACUUCAAUUAAAAUUGCAUAGUUUUUCUAUUGCAAGAAAAUUGAUAAAACAUUAAUUACUUCGAUACAUGGAAUAUACUUAUGGAUGUGACAUUUACCUAAAAAUGUGCAAGGAGAUGCUGUGUGGAAUCAUUUGUCAUACAGCCACUUCUUAAAAUUUUUUGAAGUUCCAACUCUUAAAGUUACAGUGCAAGCCUCUUACGAUGCUUAUGGUGUACUCCCUUCGUAAAAUUCUUAGGUUGAUGAAGAAAGAUAAAAUAAAUUGAAGCAUAUGUAAGAUGAUAAUCAAACAAGAACUAAUGGAAUGAACCGGUACUUGGUUGAAUAUGUUCGUUAGAUAUUUUCAGUAAAAGACAUAAAUUUUUACGGGUACUUAAAAGAUACUUUCACUUUGCAUGUAUUGCUAAAUAAUUUCCAUGUAUUCUUACAACUCUGUGAUGCUGUGGUGCGCAACUACUAGAUGCGCUAUGCAGCCGUAUAUAACAAAAUUGCCUGGGCCUGAAAUUCUAGUUUUUUUGUUUCAAGGAAGACCUUUCUUUUGCAGUUUCACUAUGCACAAUGUCUGUCUUUGUGAUGUUUCUCACAUAAAUGAUAAUUCUUCUGCUGCCAAAGAAUUUGUAAGGCAAUUGCAUAUUUGUUUAAAAAUCUUCUGUACUGUCUGGUAAUGAUCUCAGACAAAUCAGAAAUAUCCAAUAAUAGGUCUAAAAAGAAUUGUAGAGCUUAAUUUUUUUUAUGCAACAGAAUGAAUGAAAGGAAACUUAAAAUUUGAGAAACAUAAGAUUGGGAUGGUUGUGCAAUAAGGGAAAAAAGUAAAAUCAGCCAUUAUGAUAUGCAGUGCACAUGAUAUGCAGUGCACAGAGUUGCUAAGUGAGCCAAAGCUUUUCCCGUUUAGAACAUGUUCUUAGAUAAGAGUUGGGCAUUGUUUUUACCCCACAGGUGAAAGGAAGAUAAGUGACAUGAAAAGUCAAGUCAUUAGCAAGUUACGUGCUUGCAACUGUGAAAUUUGUUACUAUUUAUAUGUCUUUAUCAUGUUCUUUUCAUCUGUAACUUUAGCCGUUCCAUCCUGUAGUUAUUUUUCUUCUGUGAUGUAAAAUGUCUUAAAUUUUAAUGUGUUUGUUAAUACCAACCCUCACAUAAUGCUCCCUCACUAAGAAAUGAGAAAAGUCAUUGCAUUGUUGUAUGGAUACUGUGAAGCUAAGUACUAACCUCAGUCUAAUGUGCUCAAUCUUUCUUCCAAAUUGUUAUGUAAUGUACAGACUUCCCUCAUUUGAUCAGAAUUGAAAGAUAACAUACACCUGGAUAGAAAUAUACCUUACGGUGGAGAAACGAAAGUUAAAUUAGUAAGCUUUUUUAUGGCAUAAUAUUUUAGUCAGUAGUAGGUGGGCAUUUUUAAAUGAUUUUGUCACUGAUGUUAACAGUGGAUUCCGUAUGCUCAGUCAAGAAUCUAUUCUCAAGGCUUUAAUGGAUGUCAUACACAUGCAUAUAGUUUAUAACUGUAUUUUGACGUCAAUGGUGGAUGUGCUGUGCUGGAAUUCAGCAUGUAAAUAUGUAUUGUAAUCAUUUAACAUUAUUUUCACAUGUUCUCCAGAUGCAUAAAAAUGGAAAAAAAAUAAUUUGCUGUUUACAAAGAAAAA